UAGAUCCUUUUCUUCAAAGUUUUCUGUAGAAGGAAACGACAAAGUUGUGGUUGUUGGGAGGGAGAGUGUGGUGGAGAUGAGUGGCAGCAAAUCGGUUGCGGUGAGUGGUGGUGGUGGUGGAGAUGGGUACAGAGCGCCAUUCACGGCGGUGCAGUGGCAGGAGCUGGAGCAUCAAGCUUUAAUAUAUAAGUACUUGGUGGCAGGGGUGCCUGUCCCUUCUGACCUUGUUAUGCCAAUUAGAAGGAGCUUUGAGGCUUUAUCUGCUAGGUUAUUCCAUCACCCCACCUCAGUGGGAUAUUGUUCAUAUUAUGGGAAAAAGUUUGAUCCUGAGCCAGGGAGGUGCCGGAGGACAGAUGGCAAGAAGUGGAGAUGCUCCAAAGAUGCCUAUCACGAAUCAAAAUAUUGUGAGCGGCACAUGCAUCGUGGCCGUAACCGUUCAAGAAAGCCUGUGGAAUCUCAAUCUACUUCUCAGUCAUUAUCGACUGCAAUGUCAAAUAUUGGUACUGUGAACAGCACUGGCAGUGUCAAACGGAGCUUCCAGAAUGUUAGUAAUGCGAGCUCCCCAAGCCAAUCUUUGUAUCCCAUCACUAACUCAGAGAGUUUUGAUUUUGGAAGCAAUGCAUCAGAGACGCAGGUGGAUACAAGUUCCUACGUGAUCAACAACAAAGAUCUUAGGUAUGCUCAAGGACUAACUGUCAAUCUUGAUGAUCAUAACUACACUUCUGGAGUUCCAGAGAAUGCAAGGGGUCUUGGCAUGGACAUUAAUAUAGACGGUUCAAGGCGUCUAAUGCCUUCCCAACUUUCCACAAAUUCCUUGUUGAAGCCACAAAAUGAUUCAUACUUGCAAAGCAACUCCCUACAGCUGAACAUGACCAAUACUUUUGAUCCAUUGGUUGAUACUACUUCUAUGUCAAAGCAAAGGCAACAACAUCCCUUUUUUGGUAGCGAGAUUGGGUCACCAGGAGGGCAAGUAAAGCAUGAGCAAUCAAUGCGCCAGUUUUUUGAUGAGUGGCCGAAAGCCAAAGAACCAUGGUCCAAUCUUGAUGCCACAACUCAGCUAUCCAUGUCUAUGGAUCCUGAAUUUAAUGCAAGAAAUCCUUGUCCUCCAAAUGAUGCUUAAAAGAAGCCGACUGCUAUUGCCGAAAAGCUGUUAAAGAGAAGCUGUCUGUAGUUGUCUGCGUGCAUGUGACUACUGUUGUAUGAUCUACACUUGUAUCAGGUUCGCCCAACUUCUGAAUCUUGCUGUU